AUGGGCAACAUUUCGUCUGCUUUGGAUUCGUCUGGCGGCAAGGGUGUUGUAUCUGUCCCGGACGGAUACACUGCACCGCAAUGGCCGUCGCUUUACAUUCCAACACUAGACUCCACAAACGAUCAGCGUGGUAUCUUUCUCUAUGAGGCUGAGGCCAUCUGGAGGUUCACACUGUACUGGACACUUCUUCUCCUGUGUUCACUGUUUCUACUUUGCUCGACUCUCGCAUCCUUCACCCUGCUCCUCUCCCUCACAGUCUUUCGCCCAUCCUCUUCAAAACCGCUGAAUCCUCCGCCGAGCGACAACCCCGCCCAGCCAGCCGAAGCCAAACUACAUUCCUCUUCCUCGACAACGUCUGACAAUCCGGUAUCGGAUCCGAACAACGCUACGCCACUACGCUCAAGAGACUCUGCCCAUCCUGCACCGCCCAAACCCAAGAUACUUGAAAGAGCAAAGCGAAAGAGGCCUCCUCUGUGGCCAGUCCUGAUUCUGCCACUGGUAGCCACUGCCUUGGCAGCGGGAGUGGCGCUUGUCACGGGGACGGUAGUAGGCUUUGCAUUGGCGGCGGUAUACUCGGCCGCGGGAUUUAGCAUGUCGACCUGGGUACCAUUCCUGUGGGCCCUGGUCAUAGCUCUGGUUCUCAUCAUAUCGAGCUACUCGACCCUCACCUCCAUCCUCUAG